AUGGUUCUAACAAGGUACUUUUAUGGGGGUUCCUACUUUUAGACGGGACAUAUCUCAAAAAAUCCGAAAAGUUGUGCUGAUCAAGGAUACGUAAAAAUUUGUGGCCCAAUUUGGGGUUUUAGGGGUGAAAAUGCCCAAAAACUGGCUAAUUUCUCUUUUGGCCCGAAUCAACGUUUUUUUGAAGUUGACGGUCUAAAAAAUAAUUUUUUUUACCAAGACUUAUUUAUUACGACUUAGAAGCUCAAGAAACAUCAUUUUAAACUAAAAUAAAGUCUGUAAACCUGUGAAAAUUGAGCGGGAAGGUGUUAAAAAUUGAGCCCAAAAUGUGCCAUGAAUUACGAAUAUUUUUUUACAACACUAAAGUCUUUGAGUCCCACCACGAAAACAAUCCCUGAUGAUAUUCCUUGGCGUUCUAUAAUCAUGAGCAAAAAUUCUUUCAUUUAUCUUUUUUGGUCUGUGAACUGGUUGUACUUUCAACAUCAUAACAGGAUGACCGAAGCUAUGGAAGUUGAUCAACCCGGAUCCAAGAAGGAGGAAACUCCAAAGGAGCAGAAGGACGACAAGAAGAAAGAUGAUCUCGAUGUAAUCACCUUCGAAAGUGUGUGUUUGCCUGUGAUAUAUGAGUUUGGAAGACUUUUGUCAUCAAUAUAUUUACAGAUAUGAAAGAAUGGUGUAAUCAGCUGGAGCGGGGCGAAACUCAUAUCGUCGGUCGUGUUCUGCAGUUUUUGAAUAGAACUAGAAGGCAGUUGAAUCCGGAUUUGCUGGCAAAACUUUGCACCUCAUACUUGGGCAACAAUCAAGUCAAGAAGAAUUUGAUGGGUUGGUUGCCAAAAGCUGCGUAAGUGAUUGCUUUAUUUUGUUUUGUAUUUUUAGUGAAACUUUAAUGGAAAUUGAUUCCAAAGAAAAGAAGUCGUCCGCCAAGAAGCAGUUGCUCUCCAGAAAAACUACUCCAACUCCUGAACUUGAACUCUACAUCCAUUUACUGGUUCUUCUGUUCUUGACUGAUGAGAAGAAACAUGAGUUGGCUCUCCAAUGUGCGAAUAGUCUAAUUGAAUGCGCCGAUGGACACGACAAGAGAUCUUUGGAUCCAUUCUUAGCGAAGGGUUUUUUCUAUCUCACUCUGAUCUCCGAAAGAACCGGGAAGAUUGGAACUCUCCCACCGUAAGUUUAUUAUUGGUAUAUUGUGUUUAGUUACGCUUUUAGUAUGUUUUACUUUUUUUUAGAUAUUUGAACAGUCGCCUUCGCUUUGCCACCCUGAGACAUCAAUAUGACUCACAGGCGACAUUGAUUGUAUGCCUCCUUCGUAUUUACCUGGUUACGAAGAAUCUUUCGUCCGCCUCGAAACUGAUUACCAAGGUCAAGUUCCCAGAAUCUGCCAACAACAAUGAUCUGGCUCGCUAUUUGUACUACUGGGGCAGGAUCAGAGCCCUUCAACUCCAAUAUGUCGAAGCCGCCGAUCUAUUUCAACUCAGUUUGAGAAAAUCUCCCCAAGAUUCGGCUGUUGGAUUUAAGCAGAAUGUCCAUAAGUGGGUGGUGGUGAUCUCUUUGUUGAGGGGAGAGAUCCCAGAACGUGCCAUCUUCCGAGUCCCAAUUCAUCGAGUGACGUUGGCUCCAUAUCUGCAACUAACUCAUGGUGAGAGAUCGUUUAAUUUUUAUUAGUCUUUAGCUGUCCGUCUGGGUGACAUUGCACUCUUCAACAAGGUGCUAGAGAAGUAUUCUGGAGUGUUUGAGACCGAUGAAACCUUGACUUUGAUCGUCCGACUUCGUCAAAAUGUCAUCAGGACGGCGAUUCGACAAAUCUCCUUGGCCUAUUCUAGAAUCCCGAUUGCCGAUAUUGCCAAGAAACUUCAGGUGAGAGGACUAAUGAAUUCAGAAGUAUCGAGCAUCUUUUAUAUAUCUAAAUCUAUGAUUUAGCUACCAACCGAAGUCGAAGCCGAAUAUAUUGUUGCUAAAGCCAUCAAGGACCAUACCGUUGAUGCCGUCAUCACUUGUGAUUCCCGGACUGAUAGUCGAUACCUCCAAUCCGGCGUUUCGGAGAAUGUCUACCGUACCACGGAACCUCAGUUUGCCUAUGAUACGCGUAUAAAGAACUGUUUGGACCUGCAUAAUUUGGCGGUAAAGGCUCUCCGAUAUCCCGACAACAAGAAGCCGGACAACGAAAAAACUGAACAACAGAGGGAAAGAGAAUUACUGGAGUUGGAAUUGGCUAGUGAAAUGCCCGAUGAUGAUGACGAGUUCUAA